AGGGACCAAACAGGCUGGUUAGUGAGAGGCUGCCUUGACCCCAGACUCACGCCCGCUCCCCGCUCGGUUCCAGGAUGGCCAGGCUCCUGAGGAGGUUCAGGAAGAAGGCUCUGCAGGUGGCCCCAGAGCCUGAGGGAAGCAGCUGCCAUCUUCCCCAGGAGCAGAGCGGCUCCUCCGUCCCCGCUGGUGGGGAAGGAGCUCCCGGCCGGGCCAGGAGGUGGAAGUGCCCAGCCUUCUGGCGGAGAAAACCCGCACCCGGCGCAGGCGCCGAGGUGGGAGAGGCCAGGCCGAAAUGGAGCUGGGCCAGGCUGCGGCUGGGCAGGCAGGACCCAGCGCAGGAGGGGAGCCGGGCAGGGUGGCUCUGGGGCUUGUUGUGUGGGCAGCAGCGGCCCCAGAAGCCCAGCCCUGAUUCCCAGCAGGAGGCAUCGCCCUGCCCGGUCAGUGAGGACCUUCCAGCCUCCCCAGGGCAGGAGGUGGAGGAUCCCUGUCCCACCACCAGCAGCUCGGCCCGCUCCCCAUGGGACAGCAGCAGUGCCUGGGACUCGGGCAGCAGCGAGGCCGAUGGGCGCCGCUGCUUUGCUGCAGGGACCGCCAGGGACUCAGAGGACGAGGAGGAGGAAUGGGUGGAUGUGGCCACAGAGGAGGCUGUUCUCAAUAACAUCCAAGAGCAGCUCCAGGGUGGAGAAAAGGAGGAGGCCCAGCAGCUCGUGUUCCUGCACGCCAUCCACCCCGCGUCUCGCUGCACAGCAGAGAGGGCAGGACACAUUGGAGCCGCACUGCUGCAAGGCGGCUGUGGUGGAGAGAAUUGUGGAGCUCAUUGAGGAGCUGCCUGAUAACUCUCCACCCGGCGCCGUCCUCGCUAACUCCCUGAUUGCUGUGGGCAACCUCAGCACCAUAACACCUGCCCUAGAGCCAGAGCUGGAGACCCACCUCCUCCGAGCUGCCCUGCACGCCGUCUUCACACUGGGCACGGAGAAGGACACCACCCAAGUCCAGGAUCUGUACAGGGUCUUGCCAGACCUCCUGGACGCCAUGCUGCGGAACCUGCUGGCAGAGUCCCCAGACACCGACAGGCUCCACUACAUCUUGGAGCACAUUAACUACUGGAUCGUGUCCAGGGUGUCACAAGAGAGAGCCAGGGCCGUUAGGAGCAGCACGGCCCUGCUCAGAUCCACCAUCACCCUCCCUGAGUUUGACGUAAGUGACCUCUGACCCCAGCUUCCUGACUCCAGGCGUAGGUGGGCUGGCUCCGACGGGCUGUAGGAUCUGCUGCUGCAGGGGCUGUGGGUUAGGAGUGUUCCUCUUGGGGAGGCAGAGUCAGAGCAGAGAGUGAGCCUGGCUUGAGUCAAGUUCUUCUUGUCCUAGUUAAGUGGUGACUCUGGGCUUUUAA